GGGUAGCGAAGCACCCAGGGUAUGCUAGUCUUGUAUUAUUUGAAAGGACCAUAAUAAACAAAUGCAUAAUAUAUUGAAGAAUUUAUAUUACAUUGUAAGCAAAUCACCCCUUUAUUUAAACAAGUAAAUUCAACGAAACAAAGUAUCCUUGACUACGUGAAAAUACUAAUUUAUAUAAACAAGUUGUUUAUUUGUUUCUUUAAUACAUUGACGUGAAUAAUAAUACAAAUUAAUUAAAAUUGUAUACAAUUUGUUAAUAAUUUAAAAUGACACAUCCGAAACGUGAAAAAUCAUCCAACAAUAAGGAUACACGAUGGGAUCGCAUACGUAAACGGCAUUGCAGCAAUAUUUCAACUAAUUUAAAAUCAGAUGCUGUAAAAAAGUUCAUAGAAAUUGACUACAUCGGACGACACCAACAAAAUAUAAUGAAAGGUGACAACAGCAGCCAAUCAAAUCUUGAUCCUGUCUUAGUAAUGAAUCUAAGACAUGAAAUGUUUAAAAAGAUACCUAGAAAAUUACCCCUAGCAACGGUUGCCUACGCUAAGAAUUUGCAACAGUGCAAGGAGCACAAUAUUGCUGUCGAAGAUCAUUAUAUAGAGAAUCAAUUAAAUCAAUUUCGUAUGCAUUUGCAAAAGCAACAUAAGCAGAACAGAGUGCCUGAGAAAAAGUUGCACUCUUUGUUAAUCGAUAAUACGGAGAUUAUAAAAAGUUUGGAAUCUUCUCAUAAACAUAUAGAAGAUUUUUAUAAUACACCCUUAGAUGCAUUACAGGAAGUUCAUGACUUAUUUGCAGAUGAAUUAGAAAAACAUGUCAACUUGAUGGAAGAUAAAGACUUUAGAGAAAGAAAAAACAAUACGCUGGAAAUGGAAGAGAGUACACUGGAAAAUAAUAGGAACAAUGAGAUAAUAGGAACAGAAGUAGCAAAUUUAUUAGAAGAAAAAGAACUGUUAUUAGCAAUGGAUAGUCAAAAGAAUAAUGGAGUGAAACCAGAAGAAAAUAUUAUAGAUUUUAUGGCUGAAAGAAUGAAUGAAUUAAAUUUGAAUAAUGAAAUAUUCGAUCUGAAUUCUCAAAUUAUAACAGAAGAGAACUGUCAACGAACACCCAGUCCAUUGGCUAAUACAGACGAGAUUUUAAAGCCAUUAAGGGAGGUAAUAGAAGAACAAAAUGUUCCACACUUAAGAUGCGUUAGAUUUGACAAUGACAUUAACGUUUGUCAGCUUAAAAGAGAAUCUUCUGUAUGUUCAAAUACUAGCGAUGGUAUAGAUUCAGUAAUAUCGGAUUUAGCUGAAGAGGCCUUAAAAGAAUUAGAAAUGGAAGAAGAGUUUAAAUUAGAAAAUAUAUUGGAGGAAAAUAAUUCAGAAAACAAUUUAAUUUUAAAUGGAUAUUCUCUACACAAUGCUAAAAGUGAAACCGGUGAUUUAAUAGUUACUGGUAAGACAACUCAUUAUGUCAAAUCUUCAGAAGAAGAAAAUGAAAACGUAAUUACUUCAGAAAGCUCUUCUAAGGAAUUAGAAGAUAACACAUAUUCACAUAAUGAAAAAUCAAAUAUUAUAGAAAAUUUAUUUCAAACUUGUAACCACAACAAUACCUCUAUAAUGCGUAAAUAUUUUCUAAAAUGGAUUCAUUAUACUAACAUUGAAAAAAUUGAAAGGGAACAUGUAGAUGGAAGAGCAGAUCGUGUUAAAAAGAUAAAUAUUUUCUUAGACAAAAUACGCAUAGAAAAAACACGUUUGAAACAUAGUCAGAAAACAGAAAGUGAAUCCACAUCCGAAAAUGAUCAUAAGAAAUGUGUUGGGAAAAAGGACACAUUAGAAAAUGUUAAAGUAAAUAAGAAAUAUCAAAACAAAAUUAAAGUACAACAAGAUAUCAUAGAUUUACAACGUCUAAAGUUGGAGCGUCAGGAACGUAUAAUAAUGGAACUAAAGCUACACAAAUUGUCUGAGGAAGCUAAAGAGGCACGUCAGGAAUUGAAGAAUGAAUUAAAAUCCGUUAUACGAUCAGGUGAUCCCAAAUCUAAGGCCAAGGCGAAAUGUUUACAAUUAAUAGGUAAUCUAAAGGAUGAGGAAGAUGAUAAUUUGAAUAAACUACAGGGUAAAGCACUUCUAAUGCCGAAAUUCUUGCAAAAUAUGCAAGAAAGGGCUUUGGAACGAAGUAUACGUCAUGAACAAGCUAAACAAAGAAGACUACAACAGGAAGCCGAAAGAGAGGCUCAAAAACUAGCUCUAGAAGAAGCCAAACGUCAAGAAGAUGAAGAAGCUAAACGAUUGCGUAUAGAAGCCUUAAGAGAAAAACGACGCCAAGAGAAAAUGGCUAAAAUCAUUAAAGAACGUGAACGGCAGAAGUACUUAGAAAAUCAACGUAAGGCACAAGAAUUCUACAAACGCAACUUGCUUAAACGCAUUGGCAUGGAGUCUUUUAAACGACUGCUGCAACGCAAAAGAGAUAAUCUUAAGAAAUGUGAAGAACUUAGACGUUCGUUAUACAAGAAAACCUAUUUUCAAGCCUGGUUUAGUUUAUAUCGUAUACUUAAAGCUAGACGCAAUCAAAAGGCAGAUGAAUUAUAUGAGAAAAUUUUAAAACGUCAAUAUCUACAGAUUUGGUUGCAAUAUGUCUACGAAGAACGUAGUAAAUUUAAUGUUGCCGUUGACUAUCAUGAAUUCAAAUUGACCGAAAGCAUGUUCCGUCAAUGGUGGACAUAUUCGAAACGAAUGCAAAUGGUUGAGGAGACUAAAAUGAAACAGGCCGUGUCGCAUCAUGAAUGGCAUCUAAAAUGGAAAGUAUUGGAUUGUUGGCAAAGGUUGCCACAAAUAUUACAACUCGAAAAGGAAACCGAGGAAAGGAGACAAAGAUGGCGUCUUAAAAUUUGGGAACUUUUACCUGACUACACACCAAACCGAGAUGAUUUGAAUUUUAUGUAAAAAUAAUAUUUAUAUAUUAUGAAAAUAAAACUUUAUAACAGAUUUUUAAUAAAUUUAUAUAUAAAUUGAAAAUUUUAAAAAAUAAAAACCAUU